CUUACCCAUUCAUAUCACUUAUACCACUUCAUAUAACAGUCUCAGUACCAUAUGGUUUGAUAAAAUUCUAGGAAAUGAAGACCAUAUUCCUGAGAUCCCACCUCUACCUACUUCGUUGCACCAAUUCAUCUUCACAUCCUCGAUUCCUCAUUCCCAUCAAAACCACAUCAUAUCUAAAAAUCUCUGCCAAAUCCCAUCAUCAUAUAAACAAGCCUCUAAGAUUAGAAAUCGUACCCAGAUGCCAAAAUACCCUGAAGGAGGAGGAGGAAUCUCUUCAACUUCAAGUUUCCCCACAAGGGAAUUCAAGGGUUGUGAUACUAGGAGCAGUUUCUUUAGGAUUGGUGCUGUUUCUCAUGGGGAUGGAUGACCAGAAGGCUUUGGCUCUGGGUCCAGAGGGGCCUCUGAUGGAGGAGUUUUGGGAAAAUGUAAGGAGGUAUGGUCUGUAUGCUCUCACGGUAAGUACAGGUGCUCUUUACACAAUCUUCCAACCUAUAUUUGAGUUGCUCAAGAACCCCAUCUCUGCUGUUCUAGUUCUAACCAUCUUAGGGGGAGGAAUUUUCAUUGUUUCCCAAGUUGUUUCUGCCAUGGUUGGUGUCACUGAUUUCACUUAUGAUUAUGGAUAUUAGGUUGUAAGUCUGCUUUGUGAUGAGGUUUAUUUGCCUUCAUUUUGCUACCUUCUUUUUUGUCUAGUCCCUAAUUGCAGAAGCAAGUUGUGAGAAUUGGGAAAUCGAGUUGCUCACUUUAUGUUUAAAUGCUCUCAUCAUGAAAGAGUACAUGCUUUUCUUUU